UGCUCCUUUAAGUGCCGCAGCAAGGAGGGCGGGUCUGGACUGAAGGUGGUGCUGGCGAGCAGCCUGUUUGCUAUACUUGCUCACCAGCUGCUGGGAAGUUGUGACUUUCACUUUCCCUUUCGAAUUCCUGGGUAUAUCUUAGGGGUGGGAGGACGUGUCUGUUUAUUACACAGAUGCAUAACUGGAGAUGGGAUCCACACAGGUCAAAACAGCUGGAUCUUGCUCAGUCUCUGUCAGGGGAAGAUCCCUCAAAAAGAAAUGCUUCACCGAAGAAGUCACCGAAUACUUCCAGAAGAAUGUUAGCCCAGGGCAUCUGAAAAUCCUGCUGACUGACGAUGAAGCCUGGAAGAGAUUCGUAGCUGUGGCUGAAUUGUCCAGGGACGAAGCAGAUGCUCUCUAUGAAGCUCUGAAGAAUCUUACACCAUAUGCGGCUAUUGAGGACAAAGACGUGCAGCAAAAAGACCAGCAGCUUAGGGAGUGGUUUUUGAAACAGUUUCCUCAACUCAGCUGGAAGAUUCAGGAGCACAUAGAAAAGAUUCGUGUCACUGCAAAUGAGAUUGAAAAGUUCCACAGAGGUUGCACUAUCGCCAAUGUGGUGUCCGGCUCCAUUGGCACUGCCUCUGGCGUCUUGUCUGUCGUUUGCUUUUUGCUGGCACCAUUUACAGCAGGGCUGAGCCUGGGCGUCACUGCAGUUGGGGUACGGCUGGGAAUAGCGUCUGCUACGACUGGGAUCGGCACCAGCAUCGUGAGGAACACAUACAAGAAGUUGGCAGAACUCCGAGCCAGCAGGCUGACUGCGACCAGCCGUGACCUGUUGAAGGUAUUAAGGGACACUUUGAGGGAAAUCACGCCCAGCGUGCUUUCUUUUGCGCUUGAUUUUGACAAAGUCACAAAAACGAUUGCGAAUGAUGUCCGUACACUCAGGAGAUCUAAAGCCACUGUUGGACGCCCUUUGAACAUCAGGCGACUCGUACCUACAAAUGUUAUUGAGGAGCUGAAAACACCUGGAGCCGCCAAACGGAUGGUGAGAAAAGCAGUCCCGAAGGCCGCUUCAGGAGCCCUCCUUAUGCUGGGUGUGGUCCAGCUUGUGCAAGACUCACAGCACUUGCAUAAGGGGGCAAAAUCCGAGUCUGCUAAGGAGCUGAGGCAGUGGGCUCAGGAACUGCAGAAGAAUCUAAACAAACUCACCCAGAUCCAUCAGAGUCUAAAGGCAGGCUGGGCCCAGUGACCCCAGAGCAGUACAGCCACCAGGGAAGGUGCGCCAGACACAAGCUGGGACAAAAUGCAGACGUUUCUUAGGGGUAUAAAGCGGACGAGGUAAAGUUUAUGGAACUGAGUGUUAGGAACUUUGGCGUCUGUAGUUGAGCACAGCAGGGGAGGGGUUACUCAAGAUGGCAAGUGCGUCAAGGAGAAGGCAGAAACGCUGGGGCCUGGAUUAAGGGAGGAGAGGGGACUGGAGACUGUGGGGAAUGGGAAGAAGCAGUUUAUUCUAGACUAAAGAAUAUAUUGGGGGAGGAAGAGAGGGAGGCGCACAGGAACCAGCAAUGAGAAGACCAGGAAAAGAAAGAGCUGAAAAUGGAGAAAGCCCGAGUUAGAAUAGUUGGAUACAGGAGAAGAAAUAGCAGCUCCACUACAGACCCACCCUCCAGCUUGAUGUCCUUCCAAGAAUGGAGUCUUUCCCUGGUGAUGGUCCCUCGCCCUGUCUUUCCAGCAUCCACUCUCCCUUGUCCUCCCGGGAGUGUAUCUGAGUCAGCCAGCGGCUUCUUGAUGAUGGUGGUGGUGGUUGUAGUGUGAUGGGUUUCCUUUAGGUGAUUGAAGGGUGGAUGUCCCCUUCUUGAACUCUGAAGGCCAGGUAAUGAGCCAUGGCCAUGGUGCCCAACUGAGGACCAGGUGUCGCUAAGAAUCCAAAUAUCCUGGAGAGUGUCUGAGAACCAACCAAGUAAAAGUCUCAUUGCCCAUAUACAGUAGACAAAGAGCCAGAAAAUUAGCUGGAAAGCAGUUUAGAGAUUGGGGGAGGCCGGAUCUCUCGAGCUGUCCUGCUGAGUGCCCUGUAAGUUUAUAAGUCCUAAUAAACUUAGCUACUCG